AUACAUAUUAAGUGCAAUUAUUAAGUUUCUCAAAUACCUACCUAUUAAGUGUUUAAUCUAUGACAGUUUGUACAAGCAAGCAUGAAAUUUUAUGCUCCUAAUUUAAUUCCUGGUUUUGUUUUAUUCAAAUUGUUAUAAAAAAGAGUAUCGGAGUUUCGGCAACCAACAAUAUUUAUUACGGUGUUAAAAUGGAUGAAAAUACUACCUUUAAUGUUUUAGUAGGGGUUACUGGAAGUGUUGCAGCUAUAAAGAUACCGAUUUUAAUAAAAUCCGUGUUGGAGUUACGAAGCGAGACUCGAUAUAAUUAUAAGGUACGACUAAUAGUAACAGAACAUGCAAAGCACUUCUUUGAGUGGACUGAAAUGCCCUUGGAUGUACUAAGAUAUGAUGACUCUUCAGAAUGGGUAACAUGGAAAGGAAGAGGAGAUCCAGUAUUACAUAUAGAACUUGGAAAAUGGGCCGACAUAAUGGUUAUAGCACCAAUGGAUGCUAAUACAUUAGCAAAAGUGGCAUUGGGCAUGUGUGAUAAUUUAGUCACAUGUACAGUAAGAGCAUGGAACUUCUCCAAACCUCUGCUAUUUUGUCCAGCUAUGAAUACUAGAAUGUGGGACCAUCCAAUCACAGCCACUCACAUUUCUACACUACGAGCCUGGGGUUUUAUUCAAAUACCACCCAUAACUAAAACUUUGAUGUGCGGUGACACCGGUGUAGGUGCCAUGGCAGAAGUAGAGGCAAUUGUUGAAAAAAUCAAAUUAAUAGCUGAUAUGAAAAUGAAUAGAACACAAUAAGUAAAUAUUGGUAUCUGCUUUUGUAACUGAUCUUUGUUUAUAUAUUUUUAAUACAAAUGUCGUUGUGAAGUCAAUUUGGAAAAGUUUUUUUUGUAAAUGCACUGUUAAAACACAGCAUACUUUUUCCAUCACUGUGACCAACAGCCUAUGAUACCGAUGUAAAAAUUUGGCAUUGGUAGUACAAUUGAAUAAAUGAUUGUCAACGUCAGCAGAAUGCUAUAACUGUGAUGCAGAUAAUUUGAAAACCGUUGAGUUUAUUACACACUUAUACAUACAUAUAUUAAGACCUGAAUAUAUGAUUUAGAUCUUAAAAUAUCUAAAUAAAUCUAGAUCUAAAAAUUAGUAAUUUGGGCAAAGAUGAGUUCAACUUUUGUUUUAAUUUCCAGAAAAAGUAAGUAGUUCCUAUAACAUACAAAUUUAAAAGUAUUAAUGAUUCUCCGAGAUAAUAGUCUGUUUUAAAAAAUUGUACAUCAAUGAAAAUUUAAAAGUGUUGGUAAUUGCUCUCCGUGUAAUGAUGACUGAUUUGGAAUUUUUAUAUAGAAUGUCUGAGAUAAAAUUGAGUAAAGUGUUUCAAGGAAAUAAUUAUCUGAUAUGCAGAAAAGCAUAACAUAUUUAUUGAAAUGUGAAUGACACGCAAUGCCCGUCGACUCUGUUGCUUCUCAGGUCUUGAGUUGUUUUUAAUUUGAAUUUUUUUUUAUCAUCUCCACAUUAGUCUAUAAUGCUAUAUAGUCGCGAUGUACUGUUAUAUUUUUUGUUUUGAUGUAAGAACCGCAAAAUGUGUAUGGGUGCGUUCAUUACGUUUAACUUUGUUUAAGUAUUUUCAUUUAUUGACACAACCAGUGCUAGUCUCGGGCAUAUUGCAAUUCGAUUGGUUAUGUCUUCGAUAAAA